CACUGUGCCGAAUGCCGAAAUUAUCAAUGCCAUAAAAUCAAAAAUUGAAUUGAAUUGAAAUUAUCAAUCAUUACAGUUAAUUUACAAUUAUAGUUUUUACUUAACUACCACUAUCACAUAUUUUGAACGAAAUACCUCAAUAAACAUGGUGAUCGACGAGAAUCUAUUGCUGUUCUUAAUAAUAUUAUUUUCUUGGGUGGAAUAUCUAUGGGAGCUAUACCUUUCCUUGCGGCAGUUGAAGAUAUACAAGACUAAUGACACUAUCCCAGAAGACUUGAAGGAUAUGCUGAAUAAAGAAUCAUUCAAGAAAGCACAACUAUAUGGUACAGACAAAUCACAAUUUAAAAUAGUUAAGGAAUUCUAUGGUAUAUCCCUAACAACUUUAAUACUGUACAAAAAAUGGAUUUCUGUGGCUUGGCAAAAAUCAGAAAACAUUGCAGCACUUCUGAACGUAAAUCCAGAUCAAGAAAUCAUACUGAGUUGUAUAUUUAUGACAUUUGUUACUUUAUUUAAUUUUGUUGUAAAUAUGCCUUUUACUAUCUAUGGGACGUUUGUUCUUGAAGAGAAACAUGGAUUUAACAAACAAACUGUUGGAUUCUUUAUAAAGGAUCAGCUAAAGUCACUAGUCCUGAGUCUAGUUAUAACAUUACCUAUUGUCUCUGUUUCCAUAUAUAUCAUUAUGCUUGGUGGCAAUAUGUUUGUAGUUUGGCUGUGGUUAUUUACUACUGUGGCUACUUUGAUACUAUUAACAAUUUACCCGUCAGUGAUUGCUCCAUUGUUUGACAAGUUCCGGCCACUGUCUGAUGGAUCUCUUCGGCAAGGUAUAGAAAAUCUUGCAUCGAGACUCAAUUUCCCUCUAUCUCAAAUUUACAUUGUAGAAGGUUCAAAACGAUCUGCACACAGUAAUGCAUACUUCAGUGGAUUGUUUGGUGCUAAAAGAAUUGUACUGUUUGAUACUCUGUUACAUAAACAUGAUGAAGUAAAAAAUGUUACCACAGGUUGUACUGAAAAUGAAAUUUUGGGAGUAUUGGCUCAUGAACUGGGCCACUGGAAAUGUAGUCACAUUUAUAAGUCUAUUGCACUCACCGAAGUAAACUUGCUACUUCUAUUCUCAGCAUUUGGGUUCCUCUUCAAAUACUCUUUAUUGUACACAACUUUGGGCUUCCCCCCAGGGAAGGAGCCUGUUAUCAUUGGUCUAAUAGUAGUCCUGCAGUUGAUUCUUGCACCAUAUAAUUCUCUGCUGUCAUUCUUUGCUACUGCUUUGUCCAGGAAAUUUGAGUUUGAGGCUGACAACUUUGCUGUAUCCCUUAACUAUCCAACAGAACUAAGGUCCGCCCUUAUUAAAUUGGGCAAAGACAAUUUAGAUUAUCCUAUUUAUGAUAAGAUCUACUCUGCCUGGUAUCACUCUCAUCCAACUUUGUUGCAUAGAAUUGAAAAUAUAAAAAAUCAAACUGCCAGUGCAAAACAGGAUUAGUUACAACAUUAUUAAAAAGGUAAUGCAUUUAUUUUUAAACAGUACAACAAUUUUGUAGCAAAUAUAAAAUGCAUUUAAUGCAUACCUAUGAUAAUAUAGAUAUUUAUGAUUUUAAUGUAUAAUCUGAUUACAGAGAUAUUUAACAGAAUUCUAACAUUCAUUUAAAAUUGUGAACAAACAUUUCAAUUAAUUACAAGACAACUUUAAGCAGAUGAAAUCACUACUGUAGUUAACAUAUUUUAGUUUCAUAUAUUUAAAAUGUAUUUCCAUUAAAAUAUGUCUUGCUCAAUAUGAUGGCACUACUUUGUUAACUUUGUAUUAAAACCUUCUAAUUAAAAUGUUUGUGCAACUGUAUUAAAUUAAAGACUGCAUAAUGCAUUAACUAAACUAAAAUGCAUUAACUUAAGGAUUUGCUAAAAUUAUUAUUGUACAAUAAUAAUUUAUGUAGUCAGGUUAUAAAUUAAUUUAUUAAAAAAAAGAUGAAUCUGCACAAAUCAAUGUCAUAGUUAUGGAAAAACAGAUGUUUUAUAACACUAUUGAUGAUUGCAGGAUUAAGUUACAUUAACAUAAUAUUAAUUAUGAUAUACUAAAACUAUCAAUAAGCAUAUUUAAAAGCAUUUAAAAAAUAAUAUUUUGUACCAAAAUAAUUUUUAUUUUUUUAGUUAUCUAGCAGUAUACAAUUUAUGUAAGAUAAAUUUGUUACCCAAUACAAAACUUAAAUGUAAAAGGAGUUUGGUUGUCAAUCACUUAUAUAAGAAUAAAACUUUUGUAUCAUA